UAUGUACUGUCAGUGCAAGGACUGCCGUGCUGCUGCUGCAUAGGAGAAUGGCUGCUCGGCGUGCCCUUAAGGCUGUGCUGGUGGAUCUAAGUGGCACCCUCCAUAUCGAGGACACCGCCAUACCUGGCGCUCAGGAAGCUCUAAAGAGAUUACGCAACGCUCCUGUUACCAUACGGUUUGUCACCAAUACGACCAAGGAGUGUAAGCAGACGCUGCUGGAGAGACUGAGGAGGCUGCAGUUCGAUAUCAGUGAGGAUGAGAUUUUCACAUCACUUACUGCGGCGAGGAACCUGCUGGAGCAGAAGAAUGUCCGCCCCAUGCUGAUGGUGGACAAUGGCGCCCUGCCGGAUUUUGAAGGAAUCGCCACCGACAGUCCCAACGCGGUGCUGAUAGGAUUAGCUCCGGAACACUUCAACUACCAAAGCAUGAAUCAGGCCUUCAGACUGGCGCUGGAUGGCGCCCCCAUCAUAGCCAUACACAAGGCCAGGUAUUACAAAAAGAAAGACGGCUUAGCACUGGGUCCUGGCCCAUUUGUAACAGCUCUGGAAUAUGCAACAGACACAAAAGCCACCGUGGUGGGAAAACCGGAGAAAACUUUCUUCCUCGAAGCCCUGAGGAGCACAGGCUGCUGCCCGGAAGAAGCUGUGAUGAUAGGAGAUGACAGCAGGGAUGAUAUUGGGGGUGCACAGGACACCGGCAUUUUGGGGAUACUAGUAAAAACUGGGAAGUACAGGGUUGGCGAUGAAGCCAAAAUUAACCCAGCACCUCAUCUGACCUGUGACAGCUUUCCUCAGGCUGUGGAUCACAUACUGAAGAAUCUGCUGUGAAGACCGUCUUCUCUUUUCAUAGUCACAACUAAUUCAGAACACAGACAUUGCUUCCUCACAUUACACUUCCUUCUUCUCUUUUGGACUUCAGAGAGAGAGAGAGAGAGCCUGCGUGAAUAAGUGCCGAUGCUGCUGUAAUCACAGGACUUCAUUAGCUAGCAUGUUCUUAUCGCAGUACAGAGGAAGUAGGUCAAGGCUCUUCCUUCUCUGCCACGUAUUGACAUAAAUGAAGUGUGCAGCCUGUAAGUGAAUAAAGCAAAUAAACACCAGCGAGCUCUCAUUAUAUAUUUCUGCAUUGGAAAUGUGAAUUUACACACUAUGAAGUGCAUAUCUCAAGAGGUUUGUAAGUGCAUCAGUGGAGAGAAACUUAAAGGUAAAUUGAGCCUGAUGGAAUCUUGGUAAAUUAAAACCACUGUGCGGAGAAAGAGGGUGCCACUGAUUUGCCUCAAAUUUAAAUACUACAGCCCCCUUUGCUUUGUAUAAACCUCAUACACUGUGUUAUGCCUAGUGCAGAACCUGUGGGGGCAGAGCAUGACAUGGGGAUUGAAAAAAGCUAAAGAGAGAAUUUUGGAGUCAUGCAGUGCCUCCUCAUGGCCUGAAGCUAGAUUUAUCACAGUA